AUGCGACGACUCAAGAGGAUUCCGUCAAAGGCCGAUCAAGACGGUGAUGCACCUUCCGAAGUUGCGCCUGGUCGAGCUUUGCUUAGUCGAUGGACGUUCGGUAGUCAUAUAACCCGCAGACCUUCCGCGGCAUCGGCGGCUCCUUCGAUACCCCAUGCAGCCAAAGGGCCAUUUGGCCUCACCACACUCCAUCAACCUCUGCUUAAGGAGCCGACGGCUCAUAUCGUAUUCGUUCACGGCCUCGGGGGCGGCUCGGAGCAUACGUGGUCGAAGGGAAACAUGAUGUGGCCGCGGGAUCUGUUACCAGUUCAAGAUCCAUUCCAAAGCGUAACAAUUCACACCUUCGGGUAUGACUCGGACUUCAAGAAAAGGAGCAUUUUGGAUAUCCAUGACUUCUCUAAGUCACUUCUUGGGAGUCUGAAGGACAGUCCAAGCGUCCUUGAAAAUAAGAGUCCCAUCAUCUUGGUUGCUCACAGCAUGGGUGGUCUAGUCAUCAAGAAGGCUUAUACGAUAGCCCGGCGGAUGAGUGGCUAUGAAGAUCUGGCCUACCGCAUCAAGUCUAUGUUUUUCAUAGCAACACCUCAUCGUGGUUCAAAUCAUGCGCAAAUCCUAUCUAACAUACUCCAUCUCGUGUCCGGGCCACGACUGUUCUUGAAAGACCUCGAGCGGGGGUCCGCAGUUAUAAUCACAAUUAUUGAAGAAUUCGUGCGCUUUGCCGGCGACAUCCAGCUUCACUCAUUCUACGAAACAAAGCCACUUAGCAUUACUGGAGUGGGAAAGAUUUUGAUCGUAGAGAAGGAUAAUGCCGUCCUCGGUUACGAAAAUGAAAGAUCAGAACCUCUUCACGGAGAUCACAGGAGCAUAUGCAAGUUCGACUCGGCAGACGAUCCCAACUUCAAAAUCUUGCAUCAGGCACUGGCACACGCUAUCUCUGACGUUAGCAGCUCCACGCAGAAGCUGCAAGAAGAGAACACUAUGCAGCACCGCAAGCUGCUUAGCGAGAUCUUCAAUAUAUACGAGCCACCUGAAGACGAUCUGUAUCGAGUAGCAUCUGAACGAGUUCCUGGUACAUGCUCUUGGCUACACGGCAAGGAGUCUUACAGAAACUGGGUCGUUGAAGAAGAACCCCAUAUUCUGUGGUUACGAGGGCCACCAGCGGCGGGAAAAUCAUUCGUCAGUGGCAGCAUCAUCGAAGAAUUGAGGGGUUCUGGUCACAAGGUUCCCUUUUUCUUUUAUGUAUACGGUGACACCUCGAAAUCGAUGAUCUCGACAUUCUUAUUGUCAAUCGCUUGGCAGAUCGCCGUUCUAUAUCCCGAAGUUGAACGCAAGGUGCUUGACAUCCUUACCAACAAUCCAACGUUACCAAAAGCCAGUGACUUCAGAACAAUCUGGCGGAAGUUAUGGUCACAGGGCAUCCUCAUGGCAGGGACCGAUUCAAAGAAACUGCCAUUCAUCAUUGUUGACGCUGUUGAUGAGUGUCGAUUGGACCAGGAUCUCGUACAGCUAUUAUUGAAAGUGGUCGAAAGCGGCACUGCCAAAGUUUUCCUGACUUCCAGACAUGACCCAGACUACUACCACAUUUCUUCGAGGUUCAUCUCGCAGCUUGAUAUCAACAUGGAAGACACUCAACGAGACAUAUCUCUAUAUCUUGACCAGUACACUGAUACAGUGGACGAAACGGUUCGCAGGGUUAUAAUGUAUAAGACGAAUGGGUGCUUUCUGUGGGCUGUUCUGGUCGUCGGACGUUUGAUGGGUUGUAAAACCAGACAAGCGAUCCUACGUACUGUGCAUGAGGACCCCGAAGGUAUGGACCAGCUUUACGCCAGAAUCGUCCAAACCAUGUCUAACCGCGAUGUUGCUGAGCAUAUUCUUACCUGGGUCGCUUGCGCAAUCCGCCCUUUGACGCUUGAGGAAAUGGAAUAUGCAGUGAGUCUGCAUACGGAAGAGGACAGAGAAUCCAUCCGGGCCAUCAUCACUAGAAACUGUUACGAUCUGGUCUACAUCAAUGCGAAAGGCCAAAUACGGAUGAGACACUCAAGUGCCAGAGAGUUUCUUCUGAGGAACGACAUAAAUAACGAACAGCCGGGUUUCACAAUUGACAGCAAACAGGGUCAUAAAAUGCUAACCCUAGCUUGUUUACGGUAUCUGACAGGCCCCGAAAUGAAAGGAAAACAGAAGAGAAAGAUGAGUGUCAAUACCAAGCCGCGCUCUGCUUUCGUGUCUUACGCAUCAAUCGCCCUCUACGGACACUUGAACUCUACUUCGGCUCAAGACGAGGAGGUACUUCACGCAUUGGCAACGUUCCUUAGGUCAACGAAUCUCCUCGCCUGGAUUGAAUAUCUUUCGCAGCAGAAGAGACUGGAGGUCAUUUUGGAUACGGCCCAGUCCCUUCGAAGUUUCAUCCGUAGGAAGUCCAAAAGGGAUCUGCUCUUGGGUGAGGAUGUUGUUGUGGUCAAUGAUUGGGUCAUCGACCUGGUGAAGCUAGCGACAAAAUUUGGCCGUCAGUUGCUGCAACACCCUGAGUCCAUUUUCAGGUAUAUACCUGCAUUUUGCCCUUCGAACACAAUGCCGUACAAGCAGUUCGCAACAGGUCCCAAUAUACUCUCGGUUUGUGGUAUCUCUGCGACGACUUGGGAUGACUGCUUAACCUCCGUCACUAUUCGCAACAAGAUGACAACAACAGGGCAUGUGAAUGAGAAUAGCAGUGGCACAGUUCAAUCGUCCAAGAACGUGCCCCAACCACGGGUGCCUCGAGUCUCGGCGCUUGCUGCAUCCGACAAAGCCUUUGCGCUAGGAACUUCUGAUGGGCGGGUCGUUAUCUUUAACGAGAAGACAUGCCUUGAAGAACGGAUGAUAGAAUCUAGUGCCACGAUUCCAAUCCAGAUUCUUCAGUUCGCAAGCGUGAAGUCCUAUCUGGCGUGUGUCAACAAUCGUUCUAUACAGCUUUGGAACACCGAGACUUGGGAGUGUCUUUUGACCGUUCCAGUUGGGAAACGCUGUCUUGGUAUAACCUUCAUUGAUAACGAUCAGCUGCUUCUGGCCGCUUUAAAGGACAACAAGUUAUUGACCAUCAACCUAGUCGACAUGAACGUCAAAGAUCAGACCGGCUGGGCUGUUGGCCUAGCAGAAGAGUACGGAAGAAAACUGCUGGGCAAAGACCCGCUCUCUGUUGCCUUCCAUCCUGAAAUGGAUCUUCUGGCAGUCGUAUACAGGGGCUCAGACAUCAUCAUCUGGAAUUACGAAGAGGAAGACAUAUACCGCAUCUACAACUUUGAUCGGGGACUAGUUCAGGCGCUUGGAGAGCCUUUCGCAGCCGUCAUGGGCAUGGCAUUCAGCCGUCUUCCACAAUCGUCUCUGCUCGCUGCCAGCUACAACGUCGCUGACCUUGUUCUUUUCGACACUCUUGACGGAAAAAUAAAAGCCAGGGUGUCUAAUGUUGGAGCUCUUAGCCUGUUAACGUCAUCCCCCGAUGGCCGAACGUUGGCGGGGGCAGGACAUGACGGCACCAUCGCAUUAUUCGACUUUGAGACACUUCGUUGGCUAUACAGAAUCAGGAUGGUAGAGCCCGGCAUCACCGGCUUGACGUUUAGUGCCGACAACACGCGUCUCCUCGACACAAGAGGCAGAGGCCGCAGCUGUCGUGUUUGGGAUCCACCUGCUCUGUAUCGUCGUGAGAUUCCAAAAGAGAGCACCCGCACACCCUCGAGCUACAGUGGAGAUAGCGACUAUGCCGAGACCAAUACCACCCAGGACGCAGCAUUGGUCACGGCAGUUGUGUGCGAUGAGACAGGAGACUUCUUCUUUGUCGGCAAGGAUGAUAACACUGUUUCUGUGUACAGUGCUUCCAACGGCGUUCUGAUCAAGCAACUUCUCACUCAUGGCACCAGUAUUCUCAAACUUGUUUAUACCCCCGCAAACCGGACGCUGACAAGCGUUGAUACAGCUGGCUGUCUCAUGGCUAGUCGGAUUGAUCGAGUCGGCCUACAAUGGGAUGUAAACACAAUCUUCACCCAUCAAACAACAGGCACGGGGAUCCAGCACUUCCUGUGCAACUCCGAUUCAACGCGGAUUCUCGUCUGCGCCAAUGACCAAGCUAAUGUCCACUCGGUCUUAAACCCUUCCACUGUAUCGAGGCCGGUCAAUUGCGGGGACCUUGGGCCGUACUGCUGGGCACAACAUCCAUCGCGACCUGAGCUCCUACUGCUCAUAUCCCGAGAUACCGCAUUUCUCUACAGCUGGCGCGACCUGAUAAAAACUGGUCUUGAGGACGGUAUCCUUUUGACGACCUCUCUCCUGCCGGAGUUGACUAUCCAAAGUGCUCUCAGCAUCCUUGACGGCUCAAUAUUGGCCCUUAGCUAUUCUGGCGCCGCCACGUUCGCCGCCAAGCCCUAUCUGUUUUGCUACGAGAGCGAAUCCUUCGGCGAGGACUCGACGAGUGUUUCUCACCUUGAAUCGCUUCAGACACUCUGCGAGAAGAUAGAGCACAUUAUUGGCACGUUCCAUAAGAGGUUGGUUUUCCUAAACGUCAACGGCUGGAUUUGUUCUGUCAAAAUACAAGGCUUCGGGGCACCUGAUAGUAUAUCUCAGCAUUUCAUGCCGCCGUCUGACUGGAUGAAAACCAGCAGAGACUUUUUGAUCCGGGUCUCUGAGCUGGGAGACCUCUUAUUUGCUUGGAAAGGAGAAGUUGCUGUCGUGAAAAGGGGACUGGAAAGGUCUUUCGACUUGUUAGAUGAUUAG